AUGGCUUCCCUUCAACAAACUUCAAUCGCCAUUCAAUCAAAGCUCCUCCCUUCUUCCCAGCUCACCAGAGCUCUUCCUUCCCUCAACCUCUCAUUCUCAGCCACUUUCCCUUCCCUCAGACUUUCCGCCUCUCGCCCCCUCAACGGCGGUGCCAGAAUGUCGGCCACAGCAGCUUCCAGCUACGCUACUGCUUUAGCCGACGUAGCCAAGUCAAACAACAGCCUCGACACCACCUCCUCCGACGUUGAAAAAGUCAAAAAUGCCGUCCCCGAAACGUCCCAGGACUCGAUGAAACGUCCCCGGCGUCGUUCAGCUGUACCUUGCCACCGUGGCACGUCCCCGAUAUGUACCCCAACUGUCCCCGUGCUUCCUUGCUCACCAAAGCUCUGA